AUGUUAGGUCUCUUCUUGUGUCUAAUGAUUGCACCAUUUUUUGCAUUCAAUGAUUUGACACAAUUCUUACUAUUCUUGGAACCAAAUCAUUCAUGUAUUGACCGAACCGAAGAAAUUCAUGUCUAUUAUAAUAUUAUUUGGUUUACAACAUCUGAUCAACAAAUCUCAAAACAAUGUGAACUUAUAGACAAAUCUGGAAAUAAGACUAAUUGUAUUUAUGGCCAUCAAUACAACUAUUCACACAUUUAUCCGACAAUCGUUUCUGAGAAUAACUGGGUUUGUGAGGACAGUUGGAAAUUGUAUUUCGUUCAUACAAUAUACUGGWCCGGAUCACUGAUUGGGGUAUACGUUAUCGGCAGUAUAUCUGAUAGCUACGGGAGAGUACCAGCCAUAGGAGUUUGUCAUCUAAUUAGUGCAAUUGCCGGAACCGCUACAAUAUUUUUCUCCCACAGUUUUAUUGUUUUACUCAUUUCCCGAGCAUUCAUGGGUUUUGUAGUAUUAUCUCAGGGAAUGUUUGCCGUAGUGUUGGUCAUGGAGUUCGUGGGAAUCGAUGGCCGUAUGAUUAUAUCGACUCUGUUUUUGUUUAGUUAUUCAAUAACGGCUACCAUUCUUCCGUGGAUUGCAUACUAUAUCCAUAACUGGAGAAUAUUAAGCGUUAUUACAUCCGUUCCCCUCUUUAUUAUACCAAUCAUAUGUUUAUUUAUUCCCGAAUCUGUUCGUUGGCUUAUUUCCAAAGGCGAGCACUCAAAGGCUGAAAAGAUAAUCAAAAGAAUAUCAUUAAUAAAUAAAAAGACAAUAACUGAUGAGGAAAUUAAUAUGAAAAAUAUUAAAGUAGACGAAACUAAAAAUCAAUCGUUGUUUCAAUUGGCGCUACAAAAUAUCGGUUAUACGGGUGGCAACAUAUACGCGGCCAAUGUCUCUAACAGUCCUUUCAUUAUGUUAUCGGUAAAUUCGGCACUGGAUGUGAUCGCAACCUUUUUCUCCAACAAAUUUUCCAAUACUUAUGGCCGAAAAAUCACUACAAUUGUCAGUUGUUUUUUGGCUGGAAUUUCAUAUAUAUCGGCAGCUUUUAUACCAUUUCAUUUGUAUAAAAUUCAAUUGGCUGUCCUGUUAGUCGGCAGACUUACCUUCACGUGUGGAUAUAAUGUACAAUACAUAUAUGCAGCUGAAGUCUAUCCAACUGUAGUCAGAAGCAGAGCACUGGCUGUUCGUUUGGCUGUAGGAUCUAUCGGUAACUUAAUUAGUCCACAGAUUGUAGAGCUGGCAAUAUUUGGAAAACAAAUACCACUAUUUUUAUUUGGAUUUUGCGCUUUUAUGGCUUCCGCUUUAAUGACACAAUUACCCGAAACUUUGGACAAACCAUUACCMGAGACUUUAGAAAAUGGCAAUAGUCUUGGAAAGAAAAUAAAUGCAAGAAGACGGUCAACAUUUAUAGCGGUAUGUAUGGCACCGGUAGAGAUACCACUUAAUGUUGGCGAUGAUAAUCAUCUCAAUGUCAAUACUUCCACUGUUGACAACAUUCAACUGAGACAUUAUCCCAAAUUAAAUAAUAAACAGUUGACUAAACUUUAA